AGGCGGAGGUAGAGAGGCGGCGUCCCUGAAGGAGGGAGUGCAGGACACGCACCCACCGAGCGAGAGAGAUGGAGCUCGCAGCAUCUGACAGGCAGCAGCUCCACGAGCAUUAGGAGGCGAGUCGGCCACAGGCGGCCGCGGCGGGGGGGAAAAAACUGCUCUCAUCCAUCGCUUGUGGAACAGCGCAGGGACGAAGAGGAGGAGGAGGAGGAGGAGGAGAUCAAAGCGGGAGCCAAAAUCUUCAGCAAAGAGGCUGAGAAGCGUCGUCGCCACCUGACUCAUUUCGGGAGUCAGCCUCAGCAACCCGCAGUCGCAGCGCUCAACAGAAGACGAGGGGGGAGGUGGGGGGGGAUUGAGCGGCUGAGAUUAUGCGCGGGGCAGAGAGCUCCUGUGGAUUCCCCGUCAUCGGCUGCAGCAGCAGGAGGAGCUGCAGCCGGAGCCCCGCCAGAGCCCCGACUCCCCUGCGUCUUAUUCACCUGGAGGUGAUGGCCGCGGCGUAACGGGGGCGGGGGGCGCCACAGCCGUCCACGUGCGCCGCGUGCACCUGCAGCCCGACGCCCGAGGCGCUGGUGACCACAGCGGAAGGUGGUAGGCGCAGGUGCAGGUGCGGUCGUGGCAGUAGUACGAGGGGAGGAGGGGGGCGGUGGGGCAGGACACUGAAGGACCAGCGUGGCUGAUGAAGGCCACCUGGGUCCGCUUGCUGAAACGAGCCAAGGGGGGUCGCGUGAAGAGCUCCGAUGACUGUGUAAGCAGACUUCUGAUUGUGUUCAUGCUGUUUUUUUGUGUGUCUGUUUUUUUUCCGCGCGGUUACGGGUCGGCGUGGAAAUUCAACAACGACUGGUGGAUAGGACGCCUGGUGAAGGAGGGCUGUGAGAUCGGCUUCAUCCCCAGUCCGGUGAAGCUGGAGAACACCCGAAUCCUCCAGGAGCAGAGAGCCAAACAGGGCAAGUUCCACUCCAGUAAAUUGGGGGCAAACUCUUCCUCUAGUUUAGGCGAAGUGGUUCCCAACACACGUAAAUCCACACCUCCUUCCUCUGCCAUUGACAUAGACGCCACAGACUUAGACCCCGAGGACAAUGAGCCUCCGGUCAACCUGCGCUCGACCAAAGCCAGUCCAAACACUGUCAUGUCGCCUCUAGCCAAAGAGAAACGAAUGCCCUUCUUUAAGAAGGCGGAACACGUUCCUCCGUACGAUGUGGUGCCUUCCAUGCGGCCCGUGGUGUUGGUGGGGCCGUCGCUGAAGGGCUACGAGGUGACAGACAUGAUGCAAAAAGCUCUGUUUGACUUUUUGAAACACCGAUUCGAGGGAAGAAUAUCGAUCACUCGCGUGACGGCGGACAUCUCUCUGGCCAAGCGCUCGGUCCUGAACAAUCCCAGCAAGCACGCCAUCAUCGAGCGCUCCAACACCCGCUCCAACCUGGCUGAAGUCCAGAGUGAGAUCGAGAGGAUCUUCGAGCUGGCGCGGACGUUGCAGCUGGUGGUUCUGGACGCCGACACCAUCAACCACCCGUCGCAGCUGGGGAAGACGUCGCUGGCGCCCAUCAUCGUCUACGUCAAGAUCACCUCUCCCAAGGUGCUGCAGCGGCUCAUCAAGUCCAGAGGAAAGUCGCAGGCCAAACACCUCAAUGUCCAGAUGGUGGCCGCUGACAAGCUGGCUCAGUGCCCUCCUGAGAUGUUUGACAUCAUCCUGGACGAGAACCAGCUGGAGGAUGCAUGUGAGCACAUGGCCGAUUACCUGGAGGCCUACUGGAAAAGCACCCACCCCACCAGCUGCAACCCCCCCAACCCACUGCUGACCUCUCUGCCCGCCGCCACCCUGCCCCCCGGGCCAGCGCUGGUCUCCGGCGUGCAGGCCGGCACCGCGGAGCAGAAAGGAGACAAAGCACUAGUGGAGCGAAAGGGCUCCAGAGAGGAUCACCAGCACCAUCACCACCACCACCACCACCACCACCAGGACCAGGACCAGGCGGACCCAGAGGCCGAGGGGGAGGGCGAGGAGGACGAGGAGGAGGAGGAGGAGGAGGAGGAGCGGCCCCCGAGGACCGAGGCCUCCAGGAGAGCGCCACACAUCCACCACCGUUCGUCUUCCACCAGGACCGAGCACCAGAACCACCAUCACCACCACCACAACAGUCGGGGGCGGGGCCUCUCGCGGCAGGAGACGUUGGACUCGGAGACCCCCGAGAGCCGAGAGAGCCGAGAGAGCAAGGACUCCGCUUAUAACGAGCCGCGCACUCAGCUGCACCACCAGGAGCAGGGGGAGGAGUUGGAGGAGGUGGAGGAGGUGGAAGAGGAGGAGGAGGAUGAGGAUAUAGGGGAGGGGCACCCCCAGCAGCAACAGCGGUACGAGCCGCUGCCCCACCGGGACCACAACCACCACCACCACCACCACCACCACCGCGGCGGCGGUGGCGGCGGCGGGGCGGAGGAGGCCGGCCGCGGCGGCGGCGGCGGCGUUGCCGGACACCACCGCUCUAAGGAGCGCGAGCAGGACCACAACGAGCGGAACAAGCAGCGCUCGCACCACCACCGGCCGGCCCGCGACCACCACCACCACUACUACGACCGGGACAGGGACCGGGACCGGGAGGGGGAGGUGGCGCCCAAAAAGAGGGGCGAGGCGGGGGAAUGGGCCAGAGACUCCUACAUCCACCAGUGACGGACCGGACCGGACCCCUCUGAAGACCUGCUGCUACGCCCGCAAACCACAGCAUCCUAUUUAUGUACACUUCCUUUGUAAAGGCUGUUGCAUCUUUUUCAAUGGCAGGAUUUUGAUUACGUAGAUACAAAAUAUAAAUAUAUAAAUAUAUGUGUGUGUGUGUGUGUGUGUGCGCGCGUGUGUGUAUCUAUGCAUAGACGUCGUUUAUGUGUGGAUAUGCACGGAUAUUCUCAAAUAUGCAUAUUUUAUUGUGUUUGAUGAAGCAUGACACAAAAGCAGAAUUCUUUUUCUGUGCUUUCUGUGAUUAGCAUUUACAUUUUUUUUAAUUGUUUUUACUCAUUUUGCUUGCUACCACUUGAAUGAUUUGUUCCUUUGGACUACUGCUCGGUUUCGACUGCAAAGGUUGACUCGCCAAGUGAGUUUGAUGCUGUAUUUUUGUUUAAAAGAGUAGUUUCGUCAAUUUGGGAAAUAGGCUUACGUCCUGCUGAGAGUUUAUCGGGUACACGUAGCUCCAAUAGUGCAGCCUAAAGAUAAGAGUCCUGCAAUAAACCGGUCCUGAUGUUCAACUUUGAUCAACCUGAAUUUUAUCAUCAUCAUUUUGGAAACUGCGGUUUGUGGUGCUGUUGAAUUCUACUCUGCUGUACUUGUUAUACUGGAAGGUGUUUUUAUCAUUCUGUCCACAUUUAUGAGUGAUGCUCGUCUAAAAAACAAGAACAAGACUAUUUUUUGGGGUUAAACUGCAGCGGUUUUCGGUUCCUGAAUAAAUGCCAACUGAGUCUAGAUGAGAAGAUCAGUAACACUCCGAUAUGAAGCCCCCCAGCAUCUAAAGCUCAAUGAUUUACACUUUAAAUCUCACACACAAAACUGAAUCUCAAAAGAGCUUUUGCUUUUAAGCUAACUCGCUGCUAACGCUAGCUGCAGGGUCAAAUUGAAAAAGAAAGAUUCAAAGUCAAUCUUCUCAUCUAAAUCUUGGCCAUAAAGAAAAUAAGCGUAUUCCCCAAUGAGUCAGACUACUCCCUGAGUUUAAUGUUCCUCAUUUAUGGCUUAUUUUAUUAUUUAUUCUGCGUCCAUGGUUUUAGACCUUUUGGUUCGGACAUAUUUAAGCCUCGCUCGAGGUGCACCUUAGUCUUGCUUUCCAAGGCAAUAACUUCCUCUCCAACAUGCAGUACUGUUCUCUUUGUGUUGGUCCAGAAACGUUUUGUAACAUUGACACACACUUAAAUCUGCACUUUUACUGAUUCACGUUGGCUUCAAGUGACAUUCGAUAUGACAUUGCUACUUUUCUGUAGGUCUUCAAUUAAAACGCCAUCAAGGUUCAUCUUUUAUUAAGUCUGACCCCCUUUUUCUGAUGAAUGUUGUUUUAUUUCUACUUGAACUCCAGAGUUUGAAGGUUGUUCUUCUCGGGUUAUCUUAAGUAUGUUACUCAAUAAUAAUAGUAAAAAGAUGCAUUUGCAACUCAAACAAUUCCAAAAUGUUUACCAGACCACAUUCUAUUUCAGGAGUCCCUGACGUUGGAUCAACUUUAAACUUUUCAAAUUCACGAUACUUAAAAUAAAGAAUUGACCGUGAAUGUCCCUCCGUUUACAAACCCACCGCGUCCCUUCACUUCCUUUGAUUUCGUCUGACAAUUGUAACUACAGAAGACUCCAUUUCUAUGCUACGCUGGUAGCAGUACAGAUUUUCUAACUGUGUACAUGUGUGUGUACAUGAUGCAUAAAUAUAAAGAAUAAAGUUGGCAGAACAAA